AUACAAUGGUCGUCCUGGAACCGAUUAAUAUUGUAACUUGAGGGACCCCUGUAAUGUAUUGUAUAAAAACAUUGUAUGACAAUAAAAGGUCAAAGAAUUCGGACGACCUUUUAGGGAUGUGAGGGGACUAGGCUUGUAAUCCCCUUUACAGAUCAAUGAGUCAUCCAGCUGCCAUCCAAAUACAGUAUAUGUGCACCACAUACAAGGAUGAAGGGUUUUCUUCCUGAGAACGACUCGUGUCUGGUGGUUGGAUCCUCGACGCUCCCAGGCGGUGGCAUCUAGAGACGCUGAGGUGUGAACUUUGAAGUAGCUGGACGGUGUAAGGACAUAGGUGGAAAUAAUGCUUCUUAUAGAGUUUUCCUUGGCUUUGCUUACUGUGAAUCAAGUGAUGUCUCAAACCAGACGUGGAAAUAAAGCCAGCUCAAGAGCUUCACUUCAAAGUAAAGAAAUGGUCCAGUUGGGUACUGUGGGGAAGUCUAUUUCUGCUCCUGGAAUGCCUUUAGUCAAUGUCUCUUUACUGGAACAGACAUUUAUUCCCUCAAGAAGCUCAACAUUAGCUCCUCUGACCGAGCAGAAAGUAUCUGAAGAUAUGAGACUUUAUCUACUGAAGAAUACCCUAGUGACCUGCAAUGAUGGAACCACAGCCGGUUACUACAUACGAGAAUCUAAAGCCAGCAAAAGAUGGAUAAUAUUCCUUGAAGGUGGAUGGUGUUGUUACAGCAAAGAGACUUGUGAUGUUAGAUAUAAGAACACCAGGCGUCUCAUGAGCUCGACGGAUUGGCCAAAGAGCAGAAGAGGUACUGGAAUUUUGUCACCCCGACAAGAUGAGAAUCCUCAUUGGUGGAAUCUAAAUGCAGUCUUUGUGCCAUAUUGCUCAAGUGACGUCUGGAGUGGAAACAUAUCCCAAUCCCGGAAUGACUAUGCUUUCAUGGGCUCAGCAAUUAUACAGGAGGUGAUUCGUGAGUUGGUACCAAAAGGCAUUAAACAAGCAAAAAGUGUCAUUCUAGCUGGUUCCAGCGCUGGAGGUACUGGAGUCUUGAUCAACAUUGACAGGGUGGCUUCUUUAGUAGAGGAGAUGACUGCUGAUACUGUGCAAGUCCGAGGGCUGGUCGACUCUGGAUGGUUCCUUGAGUCCAAACAUGGAAAAUCUGAUUGUAUGGAUGGUGCCUCUUGUGCACUAACUGAUGCCAUUAAAAAAGGCUUGAAACUUUGGAAUGGAGCACUCCCAGAGAAAUGUAGACAGCAAUAUAAGAAGGAGGAUGAGUGGCAGUGCUUCUAUGGCCCCAAGUCAUACACAUCAAUGAAAACUCCUAUCUUUGUAGUUCAAUGGUUAUAUGACGUGGAGCAGCUAAGAAUAGAAAAUAUCCAGCCGGACUUCCAAUUCAUGACAGCAAAUCAGUGGAACAACAUACAAAGCAUUGGAAGAGAGCUUAAGAAAUCCCUGCGUGAAGUCCCGGCUGUAUUUGCUCCGGCUUGUUUCUCCCAUACUCUGAUCACAGCAAGCAAUUGGUUGGGGUUUCAGGUGAAAGGAGUCACCUUAUCUCGAGCUCUUCAGUGCUGGAUUAAAAGCCUCCAGGAUCGGAAAGGUCCCAAGACUGUCAUGCGUGGAUGUUCCUUCCAUUUGAUAGAUAACUGUCAAUGGCCACACUGUAACCCCACAUGUCCAGCCCUCCACGAUCCAGUGACUGGUCAGGAAGUCACCUUAUUACAGAUGUUCCUCAGACUCAGCAUUGAGAAUCAGAGAAGAGGACAAGAACCUAAAGGAGACAUGAACCAGCUGAUGGCAUUGUUGAGGAACGGUGGUUAGUUGGGACAACACAAACUUUUAUUCUAUUUAUAUUCAACUUUUGGAUCAAAAAUUCCCAUUCAGAUUAUUUCCCCAUUUUAGACACUAUGGACAGUACAUCUCAGUGAUUUUUCAACUGGUUGUUUUGUUAUAUUUGUUUAGACAUGGAGCUCCAAUGGUUUGGGACACAAUAAUAGCCAUAUUCAUCAUGGGAAUUUUAACAUUUGUACAUUGUUUUAUUCUACAUCUGUUGUAAUUUUAUUAACUGGUAAACAAAACAUGGAUGUCCAUAUAAUAAGGUUCAUUGAUCCCUAAGAGGAAAAAAAAUACAUGAUCACAUGAACCUCUUUACAUUGGACUAGUAAAAGAAAGUAGGGCCUCAGUAUGUCAGUCAUUGUGGCAUGUGUCUUUUCUCAAAGAAUUUGUUGAUAUCAAGUGCUCUAAAAAAAACUGCCUGCUAUGGAGGAAGCAUUGGAGGCUAAAGCUAUUGACAUUUUAUGGUAUAAGUCAGCAAAAAACAGAAAGAGAAAAAAAAAAUUCAGGAGGUAUCCCCCAGUUUGCAUAAUUUUACCUUGGUUACGGAGAUCUAGAGAUAUUCAUGGUUCUCCUGGCCUACCUUCUUUUAAGCAUACUCUAUUCUGAGGUUUCCAACUGUUGUUAAAAUAACUCCUCCUAGAAGUUGUAGCCUUGUAACAACAACUGGAGACACCAAUGCUGUACCGGAUCCGAUGUCUUUAUUGUCAUAGGUAUUUAUGCACCUGAGAGAGCACACAAAAAGAACCCUGGUCUCUGCAUUGGGUGACCCCAGGUAUAUGAAAUGGCUUGGAGUUUAGUUUUGAAAUUUAAAAUGGUAAUACGACCCAAUCCUGAGCCUGAACUCUGAUCACCACAGAUUUUAUUAAACGUUGCUCAUGUUGUCAUUAGUGGAACUUGUCAUUUGCAAUGUAUUUACAGGCUUUCCCAAUGUUGAUCUGCAAGUUUGAGACUGACAUUACUUGUUAAGGUAGGCAUGUAGUGCCUAUACAUACAUCAACAUUGGGCUAGCCUCCCGCAAUGGUUCCCUUUGCCAAUGCCACAGUUAGAAAAUGAGAAUAAUAUAAUCCAUUGUGUGAUAGGCUGAGCAAUCUGCUGACAAACGCUUAUUCAUCAGUUGGCCGCACGAGUCUCUGUGUAAUAGGGGUGGUGCAGCCAACAAUGAUGGUAGUAAAGGGCCAUACAAAUGAUCGUGUCCUUUUGUGUGACCCUGCCUGAACAAUAGUUGGACCAUGUAAAAAGGUCCUUUUAAAUGAACGCUGAUCUACUUGUAUGUUGCUCCAUUGGGCAGCAGUCUGCACGUGUAAUACCACUGUAAGGGCACGUUCACACGGAUUUCCCGCUGCGUAUUUGAAAGG